AUAUGUUCUAUGAAUUUGAACAAUCACCCAUAAACACAAACAGUGUUAGCAUAAAAUUCAAUCACUCCAAAAUGACCAAUAUUCUCCAUAUCAAAAAAUCUGUUAUUAUUUUCAAUAUAGUAUUCUUCUUGUUCUUCUCUCAAUUAUCCACCGCAAUUGAUACAAUCACUCAAUUUCAAUCUCUUGAUUAUGGCAAUACCUUGGUUUCCAAAGAUGGAACAUUUGAGUUAGGAUUUUUCAGACCAGGUAGUUCCAUAAAUCACUAUGUUGGAAUAUGGUUCAAAAACAUCCCAAAUAGAAGAAUAGUUUGGGUUGCAAACCGUGAUAAUCCAAUAAAAGACAACAAUUCCAAUUCAACCAUGUUGAUCAUAAACAAAGAAGGCAACCUAGUACUACUUGCCAACAACAAUCAAACUCUUGUUUGGUCAACAAACAUCACAACACAAUCUUUGUCUACUACAUCUUCUCAUGUGGCUCAACUAUUAGAUAAUGGAAACUUUGUCAUCCAAGACAAGAAUAAUUUUCUAUGGCAAGGUUUUGACUUUCCCUGUGAUACUUUGUUGCCAGAAAUGAAGCUUGGUUGGGACCUAAAAACUGGUCUUAAUCGUCGAUUAACUUCGUGGAGAAAUUGGGAUGAUCCAUCUUCGGGAGACUUAACUUGGGAUAUGGUCCUUAGUAGUAAUCCAGAAAUUGUUCUGAAAAAAGAAUCAGUUGAGUUCUAUAGGAGUGGUCCUUGGAAUGGUGUUGGAUUUAGUGGAUCACCCGAGUUAAGUGCGAAUCCAAUUAUCGAACAAAAAUUUGUGAAUAAUUCAAACGAAGUUUACUACACAUAUAGUCUUGUGAGCAAGAGUAAGGUUUCAAUAAUUUAUUUGAACCAAACAAGUGGUCUUCGUGAACGUGUUAUAUGGAUUCCAGAAGACAAAGAUUGGAAGACUUUUGCGUCUGUGCCAAGAGAUGAAUGUGAUGCUUAUAAUCUUUGUGGAUCCUAUGGAAAUUGUAUUCCUAGUAAAUCUCCAAUGUGUGAAUGUUUAGAUGGAUUCGAGCCCAAAUUGAAAGAGAAUUGGGACAGGUAUAAUUGGACACAGGGAUGUGUUCGCAAAAUUCACCCUGCAUUAUUUAAAUGCAGGGUGAAUGAUGGUUUUAAAAAGAUUUCUAGAUUGAAAUUGCCGGAAACAAAACAUACUUGGGUUGAUGCUAGAAUGAAAAUUGAGGAUUGUAAGAGAAAAUGCUUGGAAGAUUGUUCUUGUACGGCAUAUUCAAACUUGGAUGUUAAUGGAGAUGGUAGUGGUUGUUGUAUAUGGUUUGGUGAUCUUAUUGGUUUGAAACAGGUUUCAUCAAUUAAUCCAGAUCUGUAUGUUCGAAUGGAUGCCUCCACAUCAGAUUCAAAGGGAGAAGUUUCGAGUGAGAAUAAGAAAAGUCAUACUUUGGCAAUUGCAAUCGCUAUUCCAUUGGUCAUUGUUUUGCUACUCGUGAUCAUAGUCUUCUACAUUUUCACGAGAAAAAGAAAGCAAAGAGAUGAAGAUAAAGAUGAAAACCAACAAGAUUUUGAGCUUCCUUUGUUCAAUCUUUCUACGAUGAUAGAAGCCACCGAUAACUUCUCGGAUGAUAACAAACUUGGAGAAGGUGGUUUUGGGCCAGUGUAUAAGGGUAAACUUGUCUCAAACAAACGAGAAAUUGCAGUCAAAAGGCUUUCAAGAAAUUCGAAACAAGGAACAAAAGAAUUUCAAAAUGAAGUUAUAUUAUGUUCAAAACUUCAACAUCGAAAUCUGGUCAAAGUUCUUGGUUGUUGUAUUCAAGGAAAGGAGAUAAUGCUUAUCUAUGAAUAUAUGCCUAACAAAAGUUUAGAUUCAUUUCUUUUUGAUCCAACUCAAAAGAAACUUUUAGAUUGGUCUAAACGCUUUAACAUCAUAUGUGGAAUCACACGGGGACUUCUUUAUCUUCAUCAAGAUUCUAGAUUGAGAGUCAUACAUAGAGAUCUAAAACCAAGUAAUAUUCUGUUGGACAAUGACAUGAAUCCAAAAAUUUCAGAUUUUGGCUUGGCAAAAAUUUGUGGGGAUGAUCAAAUUGAGGGGAAUACAAACAGAGUUGUUGGAACAUAUGGUUAUAUGGCUCCUGAGUAUGUCAUUGAUGGGCUAUUCUCCGUAAAAUCUGAUGUAUUUAGCUUUGGCAUAUUAUUACUAGAGAUUGUAAGUGGAAAGAAAAAUAAAGGACUUAUCUAUACAAGCAGCAACCAUAGUCUCGUUGGACAUGCUUGGAGGUUGUGGAAAGAGGGAAACUCAAAAGAAUUAAUUGAUGAUUGUUUAGAUAACUCAUAUAUUCUAUCUGAAGCUUUACGUUGCAUACAAGUUGGUCUUUUAUGUCUACAACGCCAUCCAAAUAAUAGACCUAAUAUGACAUCCGUGCUUGCAAUGUUGACAAAUGAAAUUGCUGUAACUCAACCAAAGGAACCUAACUUCUUAAUAGGAGGGGUCUCUAAUGAGGGACAACCUAAUGUGAAAAAUUCAAUUUCUUUUUCAAUCAAUGAAGUUACUAUUUCUUCAUUGGAUGUUAGAUGAAAAUUUUAUUUUAUUCACUUCUAUGUCACAUGGACAUUCAUAUAGUACUUGAUUAACAUUUAGGCAUUCCAUUUUGAUAGUAUAAUGAAGGUUAAAGUGAUAAUUACUCAUUUAGUUUAUUCUAAAGGGAAAUCUUUCAUGCAUAUCCUAUUCAUUUGUUUGUAUCAUCAUUAUUGUGUUGUUAAUGUAGUUAUCUUAAAAUGAGUAUGCAUCAACUUAUAAGUA